GGGGCCGACGUGUCCAUGGUUUUCAGAGACCCUCUCGCCGUUCCGUUUUUUUGUGAUGUACUCACAUGGUUUGCUGCAUCACAUUCAGUACAUGCCGGUGGAGGACAUGGCAGGCAGGGAUGAUAACAGGGGCAUUUCAGAACCUCGUAUUGCACACACAAUACAACCGGCAUGUGAGGUAAAUGGACCGCCUGCAGACACGGACGUGGCAUGUGCUGCAAACAGACCAGCUGAAGAUACGGAUGCGGGAUGUGCUGUUGUGGACAAAAGCGGACCACCAAGCGGCACGAUAGACAGCGAUGGUAGCCGAAAAAUUGGACGAGGAAUAAAGCGGAAGGCCACAAGCAGAAGAGACAAUGGGGGAACACCGACACUAGCACAGAAGGAGAGGGGAGGAAAUGGGAAGGGGGGAAGAACACCAAUGGCACGUGGACAAGGGAGAGGACGGGGGAGGGGGCAGGGAAGAGCAACAAUGGAUGGCCCGGGGGAAGCACGAGGGAAAAUUGGUGGAAGCAAAGGGGUUCAAAGGCGCAAUCGCCGACCUGGAGAAGCUGCUGUGGCAGAAAUGCAGCGGUUGCAACGCAGCACAGACCUUUGCAUCGCUUACAGACCAUUUGUAAGGCUAGUGAAGGAGAUUGUGCAGAAAGAAGAAAUUGCAACAGAUCCAAUGCGGUUCCAGAUGCUUGCAGUUCGUGCACUUCUCGAGGCAGCCGAAGCUUAUCUCGUGCAUUUGAUGGAGAGCUCGAACGAGGUUGCAAUCCAUUCAAAGCGGACGGACUCAGAAAAAGAUAAAAAAAUGACGGCAAUGACGGCGGAACAAGUGGAGAGAGCUGAGAGAGAGGUGAUGAAGUACGUGACAGAGGGAAUCCACUAUGACAAUGAGGACGGGUUGAGACUAUUACGCGAAAGAGCACCGGCGUACUUCAACGUCACCUUGGACAUCCAGAGGUCAAUAGCAGCAAACAAAGAGAAAUCGACGAGAGCGCAGCAGUUGCUGCAUCGCUUACAACAAAGUGCGUACGUGGCUAAAGACGAGACGUUGGCAUGUUGCUCUGCGUACACCCUUCAGCGAGUUGUGGAAUGGAUGUGUGAUGACGAAGACAACGACAAGAGUAAGAGAGAGGGAGGUGGUUUUUACGACAGAUCGACGUUCAAGAAGUUUGUCACAUCUUGGGCGAAGGAAGCUCAAAUGUUGAAGACAGAAGCGCAUGAUAUAUUGAAGAGUAAUGCAGCGGAGAUAUUGGCACUCAGCAGGAUGAACAAGCUACCUCAAACAGAAACCUAGUUAUAACCCCUACCUGUAUAUCUUGCUAUGUUUGACUGAGUAUAUUGCAUGCACCCUAUACUUGACUUUGGGUUUGACUUUCAGAACAAAAGCCGGACCAAGUA